AGAUCAAUGAAGCCAAGUGAACGGGGGCUUAAUGCGUAAAUCGAUAGCCACAGACGAGCGCCAGAUGCUGGAGGGAAAGAUCCAUUUAUGAAAGAGAGCUUGAGUUCCUUUUGACUUGCCAUUCUCAGCCUCCUCAUGCCUCCAUCUCCACUAGACGACAGGGUAGUAGUGGCACUCUCCAGGCCUGUCCGACCUCAGGAUCUCAACCUUUGCUUAGACUCCAGCUCCCUUGAAUCUGCCUCCUCUGCCAGCGAGAGCCACGUGAGUCUCCUUAGCACCGCUGUCGUGUCCCUCAAGGCUGCGAAUCUCACGUAUAUGCCCUCAUCCAACGGCUCUGCCCGCUCCUUGAGUUGUGGAUGCAGCAGUGCCAGUUGCUGCACUGUGGCAACGUACGACAAGGACAAUCAGGCCCAAGCGCAAGCAAGCACCAGCAGCACCUCUGCCAACGUAGGAACCUCGACCACUUGCCCUGCUAACCAAAUGGUCAACAACAAUGAGAACUCUGGCCCUCUGAGUCCCUCAAGCGGGGUGGGGAGCCCCGUCUCGGGCCCGACGAAGCAACUGGCGAGCAUCAAAAUCAUCUACCCCAAUGACCUGGCUAAGAAGAUGACCAAAUGCACCAAGAGCCACCAAGGGCCUGUCAUCAUUGAUUGCCGGCCGUUCAUGGAGUACAACAAAAGCCACAUUCAAGGGGCGGUCCACAUCAACUGCUCGGAUAAGAUCAGCAGGAGAAGGCUUCAGCAGGGCAAGAUCACGGUCUUGGACUUGAUCUCUUGCCGGGAAGGCAAGGACUCUUUCAAGAGGAUCUUUUCCAAAGAAAUUGUUGUUUAUGAUGAGAAUACCAAUGAGCCAAGCAGAGUAAUACCUUCACAGCCAUUGCACAUAGUGCUGGAAUCUCUCAAGCGAGAAGGCAAGGAGCCGCUGGUUCUCAAAGGUGGACUCAGCAGUUUUAAACAGAACCACGAAAACCUCUGUGAUAACUCCCUCCAGCUCCAAGAGUGCUCCGACGGCGGAGGGGGAGGCGCCGCCGCGGUGACGUGUACGCUACCUCAGUCCAUCCCGACCACGCCAGACAUUGAGAACGCCGAGCUCACCCUGAUCCUGCCCUUCCUCUUCCUCGGCAACGAGCACGACGCGCAGGACUUGGAGAAGAUGCAGCGGCUGAACAUCGGCUACAUCGUCAACGUCACCACUCACCUCCCCCUCUACCAUUACGAGAAAGGGUUGUUCAACUACAAGCGGCUCCCUGCCACGGACAGCAACAAGCAGAAUCUCAGGCAGUACUUCGAAGAGGCGUUCGAAUUCAUCGAGGAAGCUCACCAAUGUGGGAAAGGCCUCCUUAUCCAUUGCCAGGCUGGGGUGUCCCGCUCGGCUACCAUAGUCAUUGCUUACCUUAUGAAGCACACACGGAUGACCAUGACUGAUGCCUAUAAGUUUGUCAAAGGCAAGCGACCAAUCAUUUCUCCUAACCUUAAUUUUAUGGGGCAGUUAUUGGAGUUCGAAGAAGAUCUAAACAAUGGAGUCACACCACGAAUUCUUACGCCGAAGCUAAUUGGGGUGGAGACUGUCGUGUGAUGGGAAAGAAGCAUGUGACGAUCGUAUUCUUCACUUGAUGUGGACUUAGAAGGCAUGGGUGGGGUGGGGUUUUUUUAGCUUUAUUGGGGAGAGGUUAUUAUAAGACAAACUCUGGACGAAAAAUGUUUUGAGGACAAGAUUCUAAAAAACACGAGGACUUCACAGAUGUUAUGGGGAAUGCCGUUGCAAGUUGAUUCUCAAAUUUAAAAAAGGGGUGCAGGAGAGAGGCUUAAAAAGAAACCAGUUUUUAAAAAUUCUAUGUGCGUGUGAGAGAAACUGGACACUAUAUAUUUUUAUUUCCUUUUUGGUGAUUCAGCUACUUGUAGAGAUUAUGACUAAGUAGUCUGUGCGGGUUCAUAGACCGAAGACAGCUAUGUUUAAAACAAAAAACAAAAAACCACAACCAGCCGAAAUAAAAGCAAAAAAGGCAACUAAGUCCACGGGCCUUGAGAUUUCAAAGGCUUUGCUGAAGUAAACCUAAGCAAAUUGCUUGCUGGUGCAAAGAAGAUCAGAGCAGCUUAAACUAUCUGCAAAUCACUUCUCACCCUCCUGACUAGAGAAAAUCUUUUUAUUUGCCGUGUUUCAUCUUCCGGUACUAUUUUUCUAUUUGGGGU